UAACGAUAAACAAUAUUGAAUCGAAUCUGUACGAUUUAAUGGAAUGUAUUAAACGUAAAAUAGUUCCAGUAAAAUUGCAUUUGUCUGGGUCCAUAAACUCAGAUCUUUUUCAUUUUAGCUAAAAAUUUUUUAUUCUAUCAAUAGGAUUGCGCAUACAGAUAAAUGAAUUGAGAAAUAAUUUUAAGAAAAAACUUUAAAAAGAAAUUAAUCGAGCAAUAGCUAAGACUUUACUUUAAUAAUAUAUAGAUGAAAUGCAAUUAUACGAAACUAAUUAAAGGCACUAAGGUCUUUAAGCUGCAAAAUGCUUUUGUAUAAUAGUUUUGAUUCAUUUUUCCAUUGAUACGAAACGACAUCGCUUCUCGAAAUCCAUUUUUAUAAGUCGAUAUGAAUUUGAUCACGGAAUUGAGGCGUUUACUUUACAGUGACGCCUUAAAAGUUGAUGUACAAUUUUUUGCCGCCAUUUUAAUCUACUUUGAAUGAAAGUGUGCUGCCAGUAUUAGAACAACCUAAGGCAUAUCACAAGCAGGUUGUAUUUCGUAUAUAUUUUUAGUGUGUUUAGUGUGUUCAAUGCGUGUUUAGAGAUGAGAAAGGAUCGAACAAGGCUGGAAGUAUAAGAAGGUCACUAUGAGCCAUAAAUGAUAUGUGUUUACAUAAAUAUAAAUAUAAGAAGGAAGAAAAUAAUAUAUGUAUAUGCACAAAUCAAAGAUGCCUGGGGAACCAUCUAUGACUAGUGGAAAUAAAAGUGCUGGGAAAAUCAAACGGAUUUCUAUUCCAAGAGUACAAAGUAGUACAGAUACAGAAUUGCAAUCACAAAGUGGAUCUACUCCAUUGCAACCAACUGCACUUCACUAUGCAGCUUUUCGUACAGACCCUGAUGAUAAUAUACUUCCACCAGCUUUACGAUGUCGACUUUUUGAAUUAUUUCAACAAAUAGAAAAAGAAUUUGAGGUUCUUUACACAGAAAAUUUGGGAUUACAAGAGAAGAUAGAUACUCUUAAUGAGAGGCUUGAAAGAGAGUGUUAUGGUUCUGGAGAACGGAGCUUACCUCUUGGAGAUGUUGCAGACUUUCCAGAUACAAAAAGUCUUUCUAAACAAAAAUCUAUGGCAGGGAAUUCAGCACCAAAAACAAAAACAACUUCUAAUAAGCUAAAAGCACAAACUAGUAAAAUAGUUUCCAGUUUUAAAACACCAACUAUGACAUGUAGUAUGCAAAGAGAAUAUUUUGGGCAUCGGGAUGGUGUUUGGGAAGUUUCUGUUGGAAGAGCAGGUCAAAUUAUUGCUACAGCUUCUGCUGAUCACAGUGCUAGAGUUUGGGCUAUGGACAGUGGGCGUUGUUUAUUGCAGUAUAUUGGUCAUUCUGGCUCUGUUAACUCUGUACGUUUUCAUCCUACCAAAGAAUUGGCACUCACGUCAAGUGGAGAUAAUUCUGCUCAUGUGUGGCAAGCUGCUGUAGAUUGGGAUUUACCUAAAAGACAGAAUUCAUCUGAAGAACUUUCAGGGUUGAGUUCUGAUAGAAAUCUUAGUGGUGUGAUUACUUUGAAUGAGGAACAAGAAGAACCACCUACACUAAGAACUCCAAUACGAGAGUUAUUAGGACAUACGGGUGUCGUGAUGGCUGCAGAUUGGUUACCUGAUGCAGAGCAGAUAGUCACUGCUUCUUGGGAUAGAACUGCAAAUCUUUAUGAUGUAGAAACUGGAGAAAUUAUUCACACAUUAUGUGGACACGAUCAAGAACUUUCUCAUGUAUCAACUCAUCAUACGCAACGACUUUGCGUUACUUCGAGUAAGGACAGUACUUUUCGUCUGUGGGAUUUUAGGGAGCCCAUUCAUUCGGUUUCCGUUUUCCAAGCACAUACCGAAACUGUGACAUCAGCUGUCUUCACGCGUGAAGAUAAAAUCGUUUCCGGCUCGGAUGAUCGAAGUGUAAAAGUAUGGGAAUUACGAAAUAUACGAAGUCCUUUAGCUACAAUUCGAGGUGACAGUGCCGCUAACCGAUUAGCCGUAUCAAGCACUGGCAUCGUUGCAAUUCCACAUGAUAAUAGACAAAUUAGAUUAUUUGACCUUAACGGUCAACGAUUAGCUAGAUUGCCUAGAACUAGCAGACAGGGUCACCAGAGAAUGGUCUCAUCUGUAGCCUGGGCUGAAGAUAGCGGAGUCUGUAACUUAUUCUCUUGUGGUUUUGAUAGAUUAGUCCUUGGGUGGAGUAUCAUACCUCUUAAGGAAUGUUAAAUAUAUGUAUAUUACAAAUAUA